CAGUGAGGAGGCAGGGAGCAGAGAGUAGGGAGUAGUUAUUACUUUGGAUUUGGAGGAAGAAGAAGAAGAAGAAGAAGAACGUGACAGUCAAAUCUUGGUUCUUUCGUUCGUUCCUUCUUCGGAGAGCAGUUAUUGGGUUUUUUCUUGCCUUCUCCAUUAAUCUCCGUUGAUCUUGAUUUCUUCAUCUACGAGUUUUCUUCUUCAACUCCUUAUAUUGGAUGCUUGCGCCCUUUUUCAAUCUUCUUGAUCAGCUCCACACUACUCCAUUGACGACGAUAUUCCGCAGAGAGAGAGAGAGAGAAAGAGAUAUGAUCGUACGUCUUCAGCUAGUUCCAAUCUCCAUUGAUCUUGUUUUUCUGUGUUGAUCAUCACCUCAUCCUCGAUGAUCCUUUGAAUACUUCAAAUCGUCGUCUUGCAGUCCUUUUCAUCUUUCACUCUUUCUUUCUGUCUUCCUUUUUGGGUUAAAUCGUAGUCGUAAUCGUAAUCGUAAUCGUAAUCGUAAUCGUAAUCUACGGGUGCUGACCUAAGCUGUUCCAUCAGUUUUUUUUUUUUUUUUUUUUAUUAGUAUUAUUUUUAAGCUUCUUUAUUCCCAUUGUUCUUCAUGGAUGUUCAAAAGAGCCCAGGUCAGCAAGAACAAUUCUUGCUACAGAGGGAGCGAAAGGCCGAUAAUCUUCCUGGGUCUUGGUCAUCGAAGCGAUCGGUGUCCCCUAGCAAGAAGGCCCUACGGAUCAAGCUCAAAGUAAACAGUCACAAUGGUCACGGCGGCGCCUCAGAUUUCAGCAGUCAUGAAGAACAGAAGGGCCACACGGCCCACAAUCACAACCUCAACCAAUGCUCAGGAAAGGAGAAUCGAAUCUGCAAGGUCUGCAAAAAGGGCUUCAGUUCAGGAAGGGCUUUGGGAGGGCACAUGAGAGUUCAUGCACAGUUGGUGCAGGAGAAGAGACAGGAGGAGGAGGAGCAGCUGCCGCAGUUCCAAUUCCAAGAUAUCCUCCCAAUCUCCCCUGAUACUAACAAGAACAACACCACUACUCAGAUUAUCCCCAAUAAGCAUCACCAUGGAAACAACAAGAAAUCUGUCAUUGGCAGUUAUGGCGGCGCAGCUGGUAGGCCCAUGAACUCGAUGAACUCGAGAGCUCACAUUCAUCCCAAGUCGACGAAGAUGAUGAAGACGACUAUUGAUCAUAACAGCAAUAGCAGCGACCCUAGUUGUUUUCUUUGUGGAAAGAAUUUCCGAUCGAUGAAGUCGUUGUUCGGUCACAUGAGAUGCCAUCCCGAGAGGGAAUGGAGAGGAAUUCAGCCUCCACUGCCGCCAUCUCCAUCUGAUCCACCUCCACAGAUACUAGCAGCUCCCAAGACCACUAGCAUUUCCUCCGCCUCCACUCUCUCAGAUAAAGAUUCCAGUGGUAGUGCCUACCGGUACCAUCAUCACGGCGGAAAGUUAAAGACAAACACAACCACAGAUGAUCAUCAACUGGGUUCUUCCCUCUUGAGCACUGCCCGCUCAGCUAUUAAUCUUGCAAAAUCCCUCUCCAGCUGGUCCAUCACUGCUAAGAGGGGCCGCCAAGCCAUCCAUGCUGCUGUUCCUCCUCCUUCCGAUACCGCUUCCGCUUCCGCUUCCGCGGAGGAGCAGCAGCCUAUGCCCACCGAUGCCGACACCGACGCUGCCUAUCAACUUAUGAUGCUUUCUCACGACAAUCCUCUGUCUCCGGCUUUCCCAUCACAUUCAUAUCCAUACUCAAGCUCAGAUAGAAUUGAGGACCCUCUUCAAACCAUGGGGGACUUGUCAAAGAGGCGAAGAAGGGAUGACGACAAUGAGGACGGCGACGAGUCACAAUCAGCUGGCGCACGAAACUCAGAAUACCUACCUCAACCCAUCAUCAGGAAAAUCGAGGAGGACGACGACGACAAGGAAGAUGAGGGAGAGUUGGGCAGCAAGACCUCCACUGAUGAUGAUUACAGCUCACUCAUCCGAGGCCAUCGACCAGAUGAGUCCGAUCAGCUGUCUUGCAUGUUUGAGAUGGCUUUGGGCCAGAAGGUGAAGAAACAUAUGAGGAGGAAGAAGAAAAAGAUGAAGUUGAGAGAUCUGGAAAGGGUCAUCGUGGUGGAGAUGGGUCCGAUUGAUUACAAGAAGCAGCAGCAUGACCCAACGACACCGUCGUUGUCUGAUAGAUUCAAGUGCAGGACUUGCAAUAAAACCUUCCCUUCGCACCAAGCCCUAGGUGGACACAGGUCAAGCCAUAAGAUGAGCAAGAACGUCCCAAUCAUAACCACCACCGAUGUGGACGACGAUUUGACGAUUGACCCAAGUUCAACCGGAGGAGGAGAAGAAUCGAAGACACAGGCACAGUCGCCCUAUCGCUGCAAAAUUUGCAGCAAGACGUUCCCGACGGGUCAGGCACUUGGAGGGCACCAGAGGUGUCAUUGGACGGGCCUAGCCGAAGCAGUUCAUCCCUCCAGCUCCGUCGCAUCACCGGAGGAGGAUAUCAGUAAGGCAGGGGAGCGUAUGAUGUUAGAUUUCGACUUGAACGAGAUGCCAGCGGCAGCCAUGGAAGAGGAUGAUGAUGAUGAUGUUGAUGAAGAAGUGGUCAAGUCUGUCUGUUUCACUCAAUCUCAGAGUCUGGGCAUCGCCGCCAUUACUACUGCUAAUAAUAGGCCCGGGCAGGUAGCUGCUGAUCAUGCAUGUUCUUAAUUCCAACAAUUGGGCAACUGAGAGCGACCAGAAACCUCUCUAGUUUGUGCAGCUUCCAUGGUUGACUACUACUCAAGGAAUAAGGAAAGGUGAAUUAAUUAGUACUCCAAAACAAAGCUAAUUAAAGGGUUUUAUUUUUUAUUUUAUUUGAUA